AUGGCCGACGCCUUCGAACGUGAACAACAAAACAAUGCGCUCCUAAACUCUCUCUCGUCGAAGGUCUCCGCGCUGAAAUCCGUUACCAUUGAUAUCUAUGAUAAUGCGAGGGAUCAGGAUACGUUGGAUCAUUCGAACCAAGUCUUUUCCUCCCUCUCCACGAAUCUGAAAGGUAGCGCGAGUCGCUUAACUCGUAUGGCGCGGCAGGGUGAUACCGUUGCGGUGUUGAAGGUCGCUGGUAUCGUGGUGACGGUUGCGGUGGCGAUUUGGAUUAUCCUGGGGUGGAUUUUCUGA